GUCUCUGGACGCCCGACCCGGAAGUGAACCUUGCUCACGGGCGGGAAGCGGAAGAGCGGGACGAUGCCGGCCGAGCGGCAGCUUCGGAUCAACGAGGCUUUCGCGGCGCGUUACGGAAAGUACCGUCGGCGGGAGGAACUGCAGCGCCUGCAGGACCGUUAUGGAGGCGCCCAGGAGGAAACGGAGGGAUCCACCUCGGAGUCCAGUGCCGAGGACGAGGAAGUUGAUCCCAAACUGGAUCGUGCUUUUUACAGCACCUUGGCCUUGUUAAAAACCAAGGAUCCACGAAUUUAUCAGAAGGAUGCCACAUUCUACAGCAAGGAAGAUUCUUCCUCAGCCAGUGACAAUGAGAAGCCGUCCCGAAAGAGAAAAGAAAAGCCCAUGUUUCUCAAGGACUAUGAGAGGAAGGUGAUCUUGGAAAAGGAAGGUAAAUACGAGGAUGAAGAGGACAAGGAGGAAGUAGCAAGUAAACAUCCAAAGAGCUAUGUGGAAGAGCAGAAGCAGCUUAAAGAGAGCUUCCAGAGGUUUGUUGCAGAUAGUGAUGAAGAAGAAGAUGCUAGUUCAUCAUCUUUACUACACAAGCGAGCCAAAACUAAAGAAGAGAAGGAGUGUGAGGAGGCAGAUUACAUCAGCUGGCUGAAGGGUCAGAAGUCAGAUGCAGAAGAGGACCUUCAAGACCUGGCACCUCUUAAAGAAUAUUGGAAUGACCCCAAACUGGAUGAAGGAGAACAGUUUCUGCGGGAUUACAUCCUGAACAAGCGCUACAAGGAGGCAGGUGAUGGAGGGGACGAGGAAGAACAAGAGGAAAGGCUACCUGAAGCACAACUGGCUGUGUCAGACUCCUCAGAUGAGGGUGAGCUGUUCCUAAAAAAACAAGAGGAUUUUGAGUGCCGAUACAACUUCCGCUUUGAGGAGCCUGAGGCACAAUUGGUGCGGACAUAUCCUCGCAUCAUUGCAACUUCUGUUCGUCGGAAGGAUGAGCGUCGCAAAGAGAAGCGCCAGGAGAUCCGUGAGCGCAAGAGGAAAGAGAGGGAACGCAAGCAGGAGGAGCUGAAGCAGCUGAAGAACCUGAAACGCCGAGAGAUUCUAGAACGACUGGAGAAGCUGCGGGAGAUCACAGGCAGUGAGACUGGCACCUUCCAAGAGGAGGACCUCGCAGGCGACUUUGAUCCUGCCCAUCAUGAUCAGCUCAUGGAGAAAUUCUUUGGAGAUGAAUAUUAUGGAGUUGGCGAGGAAGAGAAACCACAGUUUGAGACAGAGGAAGGAAUUGAUGAUGAAUGGAAUUGGGACAAGUGGACAGGAGGGGAUGGUACUGAAGCAGAAGCGUUUCUACAAGAGGAGGAGGAGGAGGAGUACCAGCCGCACUGCGAGGAUCCUAACUUUGUUAUGGAUGCUGAUUAUGACCCCUCCCAGCAGCCUGGUCCAUCAAAGAAGAAGCGGAAGCUGGAGAUCCCCCUUCUGGGCAAGAAAAAGCGCAAGUCACGUUUUGCAGAGGUUAUCUCUCAGAAAAAAGAACCCUUUGAUUCUGAGACAAAAACAUUUGAGCAGUACCUGGAUGAGUUCUACCGCCUGGACUAUGAGGAUCUGAUAGGGGACCUGCCUUGCCGUUUUAGGUAUCGAAAUGUAGUCCCCUGCAGCUAUGGACUUACUACUGAGGAGAUUUUUGCAGCUGAUGAUAAAGAGCUGAACCGCUGGUGUUCUCUGCGGAAGACCUGCAUGUACAGAUCGGAGAAUGAGGAAAUGCAGGACAAGGCUGUAUAUGAGAAGAAGGGCCAAGAUGUGUGGAAGAAGAAACAGAUGCUUAAAUCCCUUCAAGCAGAGAUGGAAGAAGCUGAAGAUACAAAGAAACUUCAGCGCAAGAAAGGAAAAAAGAGCAGGGAGAAGGCCAAGCAUCGUGUGCUGCUUUCUAAAGAGAUGGAGCUGGGCAGCCCUGGCCAUGAGGAAGAAGGACUCCUAUUUCCAAAGGGAGCUACCCAAGUUGAACCAGCCCCAACCACAAGCAAGGAAUCAGAGGCUGCUCCAUCAGAAGGCCCUUGUUCUGCCCAGCCCAGCAUUCAGAAGCCAAAGAAGAAGAGAGGGCGAAAAGGGCUGGUGCUGGGCACCAAAGUGCUGGUUGGGGGCUCCGAGUUCAGCCGCCAGCGGCUCAAAGCCUAUGGGCUCAAUCCUAAGCGCCUGUACUACCGCCAGCUGUUCCGUGAGAAGAGGCGGAAAAAGCAUUUGGAGGGCCCUGGACAGACUCGGGGGACCAAAAUAAAACAGCCAAAGUAACUGAGCAAAGUCAUUCUGCUUCUUUUUUUCUUUUGAGAGCAUCUCAGUUCGGCUGGGCAGUGCCACUUUGACACUGGUCUCCUUUCUGGGGCUUCCAGUGUGGAAGAGGAUGUCUGUGGGUGACACUUCAGCCAGAUUCCUUGUGGGUGUUCACUUGUUUGUAAAAUGAUUUAAAUACAGGCUCUUUCUUAAUA